CAUAAGCGUCACGCAUUCAAACGGAGGAAGCGGACCCGCGCGGCGCUCACUCGCACUCGGACGCGGAGCGGAGCGCACGGCGGUCCGGGGAUCCUUCGCUCACUCAUUCAUUUCUGCAACACUUGCAUGACCGCGUCGGCUGAGCCCUCAGGAUCUUAAGAUGUGGACGCGGGUCGGAAAGCUCGUGCUGGUCCAUUUGCUAUUCGUGGAGCUCCGAUGCGCUAAAGGAACUCAUACAGAAUCGGAGUGUGAAACCGGGCAGUUUCAGUGCAAGAACGGCAGGUGCAUCCCGACCCUAUGGAGGUGCGAUGAUGAUGAUGACUGCUCAGACAGAAGCGAUGAGGAGAACUGUCCAAAGAAGACAUGUGCGACCACAGACUUUGCCUGUAAGAAUGGACAGUGUGUUCCUGCUAGGUGGCGCUGUGAUGGAGAGCCAGAGUGUGCCGACGGCUCAGAUGAGGCUGAAGCAAUCUGCAGCCGACAGACCUGUCCACCGGAGAAGUUUGAUUGCGGCUGGGCUGCCAGUAAAUGUGUUUCUUUAUCGUGGCGAUGCGAUGGAGAGAGGGACUGUGAGAAUGGGGCCGAUGAGGAGCAGUGUGCCGCAGACGGCAAGGCUUGCCCCUCCAAGGACUUCCAGUGCCGUAACGGGAAGUGUGUGGCACCCAUUUUCGUAUGUGAUGGAGAUGACGACUGCGGGGAUGCUAGUGAUGAAGAGAAGUGCUCAACUCCAACCUGCGGCCAGCAUGAGUUCCGCUGCAAUGACUCUGAGUGCAUCCCUGCCCUGUGGAGCUGCGACGGUGACCCAGACUGCAAAGACAAAUCAGAUGAGUCCAUCGAGCGCUGCAGCAGGCGGACCGAGCCCCAGAAGCCUCGAUGCCCCGCUGCCGAGUUCCAGUGCGGAAGUGGAGAGUGCGUCCACAUGAACUGGAAGUGUGAUGGCGAUGCAGACUGCAAGGAUAAAUCGGAUGAGUCAAACUGUCCUCUGCUGACAUGUCGACCUGAUGAGUUCCAGUGUGGUGACGGCUCCUGUAUCCACGGCACAAAGCAGUGCAACAAAGUCCAUGACUGUCCAGACUACAGCGAUGAAGCUGGCUGCAUCAACGUUACAAAAUGUGAUGCCCCAAGAAACUUCCGAUGUAAAAACGGCGAGUGUAUUGACAGCAGCAAGGUGUGUGAUAAUGUCAAAGACUGCAAAGACUGGUCUGAUGAACCCAUGAAGGAGUGCGGAUUAAACGAGUGCCUAGACAACAAUGGUGGCUGUUCCCACAUCUGCAGAGACCGCAGAAUCGGUUAUGAGUGUGACUGUCCAACUGGGUACCAUCUCCUGGACAAAAGGACUUGUGGAGAUAUUGAUGAAUGUGAGAACCCAGAUGUCUGCAGUCAGAUCUGCAUCAACUACAAAGGAGACUAUAAGUGUGAAUGCUAUGAGGGCUACGAGAUGGACCCUGCUUCUAAGACCUGCAAGGCCAUGGGAAAAAGUCCGUACCUGAUGUUCACCAACCGCCAUGAAAUCCGCCGUAUUGACUUGCUGAAAAGUGAAUACACGCAGGUCAUUCCAACACUGAAGAACGCCGUGGCCCUGGAUGUGGACGUCGCCACCAACAAAAUGUUCUGGUGUGAUCUGUAUCAUCGUAAAAUAUACAGCGCUUACAUCAACAAGGCAAGUGACUUGUCUGAGCAGGUGACACUCAUCGACUCGCUGCACUCACCCGAGGGACUGGCCGUUGACUGGGUCCACAAGAAUAUCUACUGGACCGACUCGGGCAACAAGACCGUCUCUGUUGCCACGGGAGACGGCAGGAAGAGGAAGGUUCUGAUUGCCACAGAGCUGAGUGAGCCAAGAGCCAUUGUAGUAGAUCCACACCAAGGCUUUAUGUACUGGUCAGACUGGGGGGAUGAGGCCAAAAUCGAGAAGGCUGGCAUGAAUGGAGUGGACCGCCAGGUUCUGGUGUCUGAACACAUCGAGUGGCCCAAUGGAAUCACUCUGGACUUGUCCAACAGACGUCUGUACUGGGUGGACUCCAAGCUGCACUUGCUAUCCAGCGUAGAUCUGAAUGGAGGGAACCGCAAAGUGCUGCUGUCCUCCGAUCACCACCUGGGCCACCCCUUUGCUCUCACCAUCUUCGAGGAUCGUGUGUACUGGACAGAUUUAGAAGAUCAAGCCAUAUACAGUGCAAGCCGUCUGACGGGACAUGACGUGGCAAAAGUGGCAGAGCAUCUCAACAACCCCCUGGACCUGGUGGUGUUCCAUGAACAGAGGCAGCCCCAAGCACCCGACACGUGUAACUUGGGGAGUCUGCCGAAUGGCGGCUGUGAGUACUUGUGCCUGAAGGCCCCGCAGAUUACAGACCACUCCCCCAAGUACACCUGCGCGUGUCCUGACGGGAUGGAGCUGGGACCAGACAUGAGACGCUGCGCUGUGGUUCGACUCAGAACAACCACAACAGCUGCACCUACCACAACUACCACCACCCCUACCACUACUACGACGCCCACACCAACCACAAGAAGUAUCACCACCACCACCCCAACCACUACAACACUGCCUACCACCACCACGACCAGCACCACUGCUGUCACCACACUCAGACUCACAACCAGACGUCUGACGACAACGCCGGCUCCUCAGACCACCAGGACCAGCUCCACCAAACAGACUGUUACUGUCACGAGUACUGAGACAACCAGACUCACCACUUCAAAUCUGACACCAGGGUCCACGCACACAUCCCUCCUGGGCCCGCUAAUCCCUAACAGCAUUCAGAGGGACAGCAACGCCAACCUGUCCCAUCGAGCUGCAACUGAUCACUACCUGCUAGGUAACAACAUCACAGUAGCCAUUCUGGGGAUAGUCAUUCCUAUCGUCCCUAUCCUUGCCACAGUGGUCAUCGGAUUACUCUGCACCAGCGGAUACCUGGUUUGGCGCAACUGGCGGCGCAAGAACACCAAGAGCAUGAACUUUGACAAUCCUGUUUACCGCAAAACCACAGAGGAGGAUGACGACGAAAUCCACAUCGGGAGACACAGCGAGACCAUCGGACACAUCUACCCAGCUCGUGUGGCACUCAGUCUGGAAGAUGAUGGCUAUCCCUGAAAGCGGGGAGGAAAAGCAGCGUGUCCCCCUUCCCAGUCCCCCCUUGGCUCCUCCUCCUCUCACAGCAGGCUCCGCCUCACCACAAUGAGGUCACUACAACAAAAGAGAGAGAAACAGAAAGAGAGAGAGAGAGAGAGCCCUCUUUAAAGGAGUGGAGUCAUCAUGUACUACUUAUAUUUCUCGUCUUUUCCCACUUCUUCCGCUGCAGUAACAAUACUACCAAUACUAUGUCUUCCGUUAGUUUUUAGUAGUAGUAGUAGUAGUAGUAGUAGUAGUAGUCGCACUCGUGCACCCUUUGCUCCUCUCCUCUCUUCUCUGCCUUUUGUUGGCUGCAGAGCUUUUUAAAUGACUUUAUUCGCACUAACCUCAUUCAUCUGAUUGUAAAUCGGAAGCAGCCCAGAAUUCAGGAGAAACCAGCACAGAUUAUUGUUCAUUCCUCAUAUUUUAGCUAUUUAUCGGCGUCUUUGAUUUUGUAAAUAUGUCAUUUCGCUAUGCACACACAAAAGCCCGAUUUGUUCAAACCUGGCGAGGAAAGCAUAGGACUGAAUGUUAUUUUUCUUCCUCCCACAUAUUGAGUUGACAAGACCUUUUUUUUUUCCUUCUUCUUCUUCUUCUUUCACCUUUUUUCCCACACUCAAAUUCCCCUUUCGGCGUACAGCGUGUCGGCAGAAAAGCUAAAUAUAGCCGGGGGAAUGAAGACCUAAAAAUGAUGGGGUUGUCUGGAUGUUUGGAGGUGAUUUUUAGGCUGAAAAUGUGAUGGGUUUACUGUGAAAGAGGAUGGACCCUCAAGGCACAAAAGCAACAAGGCAGAAAAGGCAAGGG